AUGGCUAUUGCACACGCAGCUACUCAAUGCUCAUUUAGAAAUGGACAAGAUAAGUAUGAUUUUAGUGCAUUAGCAAAUCCAACAGGAUAUUCAUUAAAAUAUUUUGUGGGCUAUUUUUAUUAUUGGAAUAUCUGUGAGACUAGCCCAGGUUGUUUGACCCUUUCCCCAAAUGCAGUUAGUUGUGUCACAUCGCAAAUUUAUGGUUACCUCGAUAACGUUACAAUCACAGCUCUACCCGAUCCAAAUACACAGGGUGCUGUUAUCACCUACCAAGGAGAUUUAUGUCCGCAUGAAAUAGUAAGAACAACAAGAAUCUUACUCCAAUGUUCGGAUGGCGACACUCAAUUUGUUUCCUUCCAUGAGACAACAACCUGUGUCUAUGAAAUUGUUAUGACCUCCAAGUAUGCAUGUCCAAUUAAUGGUAAUAGUACAAGUACUGACGGAAUUCAAUCACCAACAUCAUCACCAACACUUUCACCGUUGUCACCCACCAGUUUACAUUCGGCGGUCGGUACGACUUCAACUACUUCAUCAUCAUCAUCAUCAUCGAGUACAUUGUCAAAGAAACAACAACAAUUACAACAACAACAGAUCAAUGCAAUCGAUCCAACUACACCCGAGGGUAUCAAACAAAAAUGUGAAUCAAACUUGCAACUACCAGAUUCCAUCAUGUCGAUCGAUGUCGCACAGACAAUGAAAGACUAUAUUACCAAUGGUGGUUCUCCACCUGAUGUAAUUAGAUUAUUAAGCGAAAACUAUAGAGGAUAUGCUCAGAUGUGUAAUCUUUUGUGUGAUUGGCUAUCAGUGACCGGAAUGAGUAAGGACGCAAUACAAUCUACAUUCAAAAGUCAUCUAAAAGAUAUUAUCAUGGAGAAGUUUGAUCCAAAGAAAGCAGAUACUAUAUUUUCAUCAUCACCUCCACAAUGGUUAGAUGAAAUGAUAACAGACCCUGAUUGGAGAUCAUUAAUAUAUCAACUAUCGGAAAUACACAAGAAUUGUUUAAUGUUAAACUUUGCAAUUCAAAAAAUAUCAGAUGCAGGAUAUCAAAAUGAAAUAGCAUCACUUAGUACUGCAUCCACCUAUUUUAGUGUAUUUAAUAAGGUUUUACUAGAUUCGCUGAUACAAUUGAUUAAGUUAGAUGAAAUAGAAUUACAAGAAUCAAUAUCAGAGUUUAAAAAAACAUGUUGUAAUAGUCAACAUACAUAUUUAUAUGCACAGGCAUUGAUACAUAAUCUAUCACAGACCUAUCCUAAUCUCAAGAGAAUCGCUCAAGAGUUGGAAUUGGAGGUAUUCGACAAGAGCAAAGUAGCAAGAAAGAUAUCAUUAAUGAUGUCAAACAUAUCAUCCUAUCCUGCAAUCUAUGAGAGUAUCAGCUCAAUACUAUCUAGUAAUACUGCAUCUACUGGUGAUAUUAUAAAGUUAUAUAAUGAGUAUAGUAAACCAAAUGUACCACCAGUUGAAUUCCUUAGAAUACCAGCAUUGCUAGAGUUACUACUGAAUGACUUGUUCAAUCCAACCAAGAAUCUACAACAGAAUAAAUCAAAGUGGAUCUAUAUCGUUGCAUUCUGUGUGAGUGUACCCAACACGACAACAUCACUCGACAGCAUCAAAGAGGAACUUAACGAAACGAUCAGAGCAAUCGAUAAAGUACAAUCGAUUUGUCAAUCAAAUCCUUUAGGUUCUGAACUUCAAAACGUCGUACCAAUAUUAAAAGAAUAUUUAGAAUUACCAAUUAUAUCAAUGGGAAUACUUCAAUGGAUACAAUCAAAUCUUAUGAACAAAACAAAUAUUUCAAGUUACAAUACAUUAUGUACACCUGUUUAUUUUGAAUUUUUAAGAGAAAUAUGUUUAAAACAUCCAUUACAUAGACAGGUAAUUCUAAGAAUUUUAGUUAACUUUUUCGAAUUGGAAACUGAUUUGGAUGCUUUAGCUGCUCUUGAAAUGAGAAAAACCAUUAUAGAUAAUAUUGUAUUUAUUUUUUGUUGUGGAUAUGUCAUUCCAGUGCUGAAUGUAAUCAGAGAUUGGGCGCCAAAGAUCGAUCCUUCGCUUGUUCGAUAUUUUAUCAAUCAAGUAAUCGAAAUGAUAGAACCGCCCUAUUCGAAAUCCUUUAUCAAGUCAAUGACAAACAUUAUUGAAAUUGUUAAUCCACAUCUAUCGGACAACAAAGAAAAUGUACAAACAUUCUUGGAUCAAUAG